UUCUAACAAACACCUCAUAUGCCAACACAUUUUGUAAUUCUGUAACAACCUCUCAAACAAACUUAUACCCCUUAAUUACAACUCAUACACCAUUAUCUAAUCAUUUCAUUACUCUUCCAUCUACCAACCAUUCAACAUAGAUAGCAAGGUUGAAAGUUGAAACCAAAAAUAUAUCACCAAUACUCCAAAAAGAAUGUUGUUGUGAGGUUUCUUUGCCUCUCCCUACCGUUGCAUAACAUAGAUUAAGUCCUCUGCGGUGAUUGACGUUGUUUUCUUCCUUCUGUUGACGGCGAGACCCUCGCGGUGGAAGGUGAUUAUAGUGGUGCCGAUGGCGGCAACCUCGGUGACAGUGUCGAUGGCAUUAGGCCAGACCCUAUCGGUGGCGUGGGAGGUGCAAUGGUGGCGCCAGGUGCGACGAUGGUGGCGCGAGGAUGAGAAACGUACACCAAAGCAAUCAAUCCAUAGAAAUGGCUGCCGCUGCGCUGCCGCUGCCGCUGCAUCGCUAUGCUCGUCUCCGAAUUUCACAACGUUGAUGGCGAAUAUUCCGACAAAAACAAAGAUGACAAACAUCCGUUGUACCCAACAGGCCGGCUCCAACAGGAUCACCACCCUCACAGACUGGCAGAGCUCAUGUGCCAUCCUCACCGGUAAGGUCAAUCACUCUAUCUCAUCACUCCCCUUCCCUCCUGCACUCACACCCAUGGACUUAGUCCCCUUUCCGAAGCACGGCUGCAAGCUCCGUGUGGCUUACCGUGGUGUCCCCGGUGCCUACACCGAAGCAGCUGCCGGGAAGGCCUACCCUGACUGUGAACCCAUUCCUUGCGACCAGUUCGACGUGGUGUUCCAAGCUGUGGAGCAGUGGGUGGCUGACCGUGCGAUACUCCCCGUGGAGAACUCUUCAGGCGGCACCGUCCACCGGAACUAUGACCUCCUCCUUCGUCACAGACUUCACAUCGUUGGCGAAAUUCAGAUGUCCGUGCAUCACUGCCUGCUGGCACUUCCCGGCGUGCGCAAGGAGAACCUGACUCGGGUUAUCAGCCAUCCGCAGGCUCUCUCGCAGUGCGAGCACACGCUUACCAGUCUCGGCCUGGACGUCUCUCGCGAGGCCUUCGACGAUACGGCUGGAGCCGCCGAGCAUGUGGCCGCCGAGAUGCUGCGAGACACGGGAGUGAUAGCCUCGGUAAGGGCUGCGGAGCUGUACGGGAUGGAGAUCUUGGCGGAGGGGAUUGAGGAUGACAAGUCUGGGAACGUAACACGGUUCGUAAUGCUGGCGAGGGAGCCGGUCAUUCCUCGGAGGGACGGAGAUUUCAAGACGAGCAUCGUGUUUGCGGGCGAGGAGGGUCCGUCAUUUUUAUUCAAAGUUCUGUCAGCUCUGGCUUUCAGGGACAUCAGGGUGACCAAGCUGGAAAGCCGGCCACACAAGGGAUGUCCCCUCCGACUGGUGAAUGAUGGCCUGCGUUUUGACUAUAUGUAUUAUGUUGACUUUGAAGCAUCCAUGGCGGAGACCAGAGUGCAGAACGCACUUUCAGAGAUACACGAGUACACUUCCUUCCUCCGGCUUCUCGGAAGCUACCCCAUGGUACUACAAACAGACCCCUCUUCGUUUUAGUCUCAUUCCCAAUUUUCCAUUCCAUGCCUCCGGACGGGCCCACACACACAUUUACCAUGAAAGUAGAACAUCAAUGUGUAUGCAAAGUGAAAUUACGUUGUUUCAAAACAAUAGAAAUAUUAUUGAUAAAUAAAUGAAAUGAGAUUGCC